CGGGGACUGCGCUGAGGGUUCGUUGGAGUCAUCGAUUUGGGACAAGAAAGAGGGUGAUAGACUCUAGUGUUCCUUCUUCAAACAGGCUUGCCGCGCGGAUCUUUUCCAAAUGACCUUUGCCAGUGGUUUAUCCCAGUUUACUUUUAUUUGUCACUCUCCCCCUUUCCUUGUUCGCCCUGCAGUGGAACAGCAGAGGGCGGUGCCCCGCUUUUUUCCACCAAAGCGAUCCUGUCCUCCUGUCGCUUUUAUAUCAAAUGGGUCGUUUUUAGACGGUCCGUUUUUUUUUUUUCCUUUUAAUUUGAUGCUUGGCGCUAAAUAAAAAAAAAGGGCUAUUUGAGCAUUGUCAUAUGCUCUGGCAUCACGCCUUUUUCUCGGCUGGGUCCUAAUCUCGCCUCCUUUUCGGCUUGCUUUAUUUUCACAUUUCGCCUCCAGAUUGCCCUCUCGCUGACAAGGAAACUAGUUUAAAAAAGGACCAGAACCUCUUGCCCCGUCGUCUUCAAGUUCUUCAACUCUACCUUGUGACUGUUUUGUUUUUCUAGUCUGAACACGCGCGAUUAUCUUGCCAGUUAUUUUGCCCUCCAUAUCUCUUCCCCAAACGUCAUUUCCUUUUCAACGUCACUUGUCUGCAAAUAUCUCUUCCGACGGCGUUUUUCCACGAUCACGAUCAUGAAGCCGACACUCGCUACUCCCCCAGCAAUGAAUAACCUCUUUGCAUCGUCUUCGUCCUCGUUACCACACCGCCCUGAUCUUAUGCCUUCGCUGUGUCGAAUGUCCAUGUGUAAACCGUCGCGGACAGAGUCCACAAUAUCAAAUCCUUCCUCAACUGGUCUCGACAAGAUCACAACAUCCGUCCUCACAUCACCUCGCAUAACGUCUACCCUCUCCCUCUUCAUCUCGGACCUGAUACACAGCACAUGGCAUAGCACAACAAGCCCACCACCAGCCUCUUUUAGCCAUUUCACAUCCUCUAUUCUCAAAACUGCAAAUCUCCCAUUCUCUGUGGUCCUAUUUGCACUUCUUCUCAUCGAUCGACUUAAGAAACGUCGACCGGCGCUGCGGGGAAGUGAGGGUAGCGAGUGUAGAUUACUGGUGUGUGCUCUGAUGGUUGCGAUGAAAGUUUUAUUGGACAACACCUAUACGAAUCGGACAUGGGAAAAAGUAUCGAGGAUCCCAGUGAAAGAGUUGAAUAUUAUGGAGAUGGAAUUUCUCUCCCAACUCAACUUUGACAUUCAUGUCACAGAUGACGAAUACUUUCUCUGGCUGCAGCAUAUCGAGAAUGCCGUCAGAGAUUUCAGACAUCCACACUACGAACAAAUCACUGCUCCAUCUUCACCGUCUCCCUACUACACUCCGCGGUCUGCACACCAGGCUCAAUGGACGUCGGCCACGGUGGGCAGGGAAUCGGCCACGGUGGGUAGGGAACCGAGAAGCAGGUCAUCCGCGUAUACAAAGCAGCAUGCGCGGUGGUUUAAAUCGUUUUUGGUGUAAAAAGAAAUGUUUUGUUGUUUGGGUCGGUUGAUUUGGACGAUAUGUAUACCCCUUUUAUUUUCUUUGAGCAUUUAUCUUGUACAUAGCGGUGGGGAUUUUUUGAUGUCCUGGUUUUUCGGAUACUAUCCCAGUUGUAAAUCAUAAUUGUGAAUCUUUUCGUUUCACCAUUAUUUUAUUAGUUACUGCACUCAUCCGUCGUUAUGGGGUUUCCUUUAUCAAUGAACAAGAGUUUUCAUGCUUGCACCAUCGAUGCGUAAGAUGGGCAAAAGUCGUG